CCCCGUACUUGAAUCAUUCCUUGCCAGUGAGCGGUUCUUGUUGGUUUCAGUCUCCGAUAAAAGACUUCUCACCAGAGCUAGAGCGAAACUCUGCAUCUCACCGACGACAAAAUAAAUACAAAGAAACAAACUACAACACUGUGUCCGUUAUAGGCUCCAUUUACCGAGAGAAACGACAUUUGUAGACGGAUAACGGACAUACAUCCUCCUGCGACACAGAGGACCCUACCCUUAUCAGCUUAGUCGCUCAGUGGGGUGUUCAACUCAGAAUAUUUUGCGCUUCAUUUCUUUGUUGAAAAAACGCAAAAUGAAAACCAAAUUUAUCAACGGGGUUUCUUCUUCCCCCUCCAUGUCGCUGGGUCUGCUCGUAACCGAGAACGCCCUGCAGGUUCAGCCCGACACCGAGGAGGACUGUAAGGAGCUGGUCCGCCCCGACCAGCCCGACCUCGACACCCAGCGCAAGGCUUAUCUGUGGUGCAGGGAGUUCCUCCACGGAGCCUGGAAAAGCCUGGCUGAGGACGAUUUCCACAUCACCAUCAUAAGGGGUGGUUUGAGCAACAAGCUCUUCCUGUGCAGCCUCCCUGACAGCGUGGACACUGUUUGGGAUGAACCCAGGAGCGUCCUGCUGCGCCUCUAUGGGGCCAUCCUGCAGAUGUCCUGUAAUAAAGGGGAUUCCCGACAGUCAAACAAAGAAAAUCACUUCCAAGGGGCGGAGGCCAUGGUUUUGGAGAGUGUGAUGUUUGCCAUCUUGGCAGAAAGGGAGCUGGGACCGAAACUCUACGGUAUUUUCCCUCAGGGCCGACUGGAGCAGUAUGUCCCCAGUCGUAAACUUGACACCUGUGAGUUAAGCGAGCCCAGCAUCUCGGCGGAGGUUGCAGAGAAGAUGGCCAAGUUUCAUGGAAUGAGGAUGCCCUUCAACAAGGAACCCAAGUGGCUGUUUGGAACUAUGGACAAGUACCUGAACCAGGUCAUGAGGCUGAACUUCACCAGAGAGUCACACCUGCGUCGCUUCAACCGCCUGCUCAGCUACAACCUGCCACAGGAGAUGGAAAUGCUCAAGUCUCUGCUGGAGUCCACCCACUCCCCUGUAGUGUUCUGCCACAAUGACUGUCAAGAAGGAAACGUCCUGCUGUUGAAGGGCCGCCAGAGCUCAGACAAACAGAAGCUGAUGCUCAUUGACUUUGAGUACAGCAGCUACAAUUACAGGGGAUUCGAUAUUGGCAACCAUUUCUGUGAAUGGAUGUACGACUACAGCUGUGAGGAGUUUCCUUUCUUCAAAAUUAAUGCUCAUGCCUACCCUUCAAAGGCCCAGCAGCUGCACUUCAUCGACAGCUACCUGCGUGAGUCUGAUCGAGGGUUCGACAACCUGAGUGAAGAGGACCAAAUGAAGCUGAAGGAGGAGAUGUACGUGGAGGUCAACAGGUUCUCCCUGGCAUCACACUUUUUUUGGGGCUUGUGGUCCAUCAUCCAGGCCCGGCUCUCCACCAUCAAGUUUGGAUACCUGGACUAUGCCCAGGCCAGAUUUGAUGCCUACUUCCAGCAAAAGAAGAUCUGGGCUGUGUAAUGGAGCCAAAUGGUUGGAUGCACUUCCAACACGUUCAGCCAAACGGCAGCAGGAGGACAAGCAGGCUGAUAGAAGAUAGAAGACUCCACCAUCAACGCUUUACUUAUGCUCCCUGCUUUGAGAGGAUGUUGCUGGCUGCCGUCGGUGUUGUGUUGAACCAAAGCCAAAUCUCGAUCACAAGGCUAGGUGCUUAUGGUCUGUCCCGCAAUCCAUUGCAGCUCCAAAGUUUACAAUGUGUAACUCCCUGAGAGCCAAAAAAAGAAAAGAAAACGAUGACUUGUACUAAUCUUCAUCACUGGUCAGAACUGCUCUCCGCUUCUGCCUUGUUGGAACCAUAUCACUAACACAAGGGUUACGUUUUGAGCAGGAGAGAGGUGGCUUUCGGUUACAGCUAGAUUGGAAAUCCUAACAUUGCAUCAAUGUAUAUGUAUUGAUCAUUCCCUUAUGGAAAUGUUCUGUAAAUAACCAACAUUUGAACUUCUCUUGGUAGAUUCCUGCUUACUGAAGGAGCCAGUGGCUAACUAUGUAUAUUAUAUAUAGACCACAAUGUGCCAGUAACCUGGCCCUGUCUGUUAAUGAUGGGCUGAUUUGUUGGCUAGUGGAAUCACGACUUGAUUUUCUACACUUCUAUAUAUUGCACACUUGCUGUUUGUUUGAUUUUCUUUUUUUAAAUGGUUAUAUUUGACAUUUUCUUCAGGUUAGGGCAAAAUACAGUUAGGUGGCAUUGUCAAGUAUGUGAAUAGCUGAGGUUCCUUUUUUUCUGGGUGGCUGGUUAAAAUUCUAACCAAAUCAAACAUCAACCAUCAGGUUGUAGGUAUUUCAAUUCAGUCAUUACAAUUAGGUCAGGUCUUCCUAACUAAUAAUGCAGUUACACUGGUUUAAUUCUUACUGACAGAAGUUUGGUAGAUUUAUGGUAUUAUUAUGGAUAACUGUGAAAAUGAGAUCCACAUCUGUAUGUAGUUUACACAUUGGGUAUUAAAUCUGCAUUGUGUGAUUUAACCAGAAAGACAUUCCAGCCAUGCUUUAAGCCAGUCAAAGUGUUGCUAAACUGUCUUUUGGACACAAAGGAGCGAACUGACCAUAUUUCUGCUUUUUUUACUUUUAUAUAGAAUCACUGCAUUAAUGAAAACGUCACACAAACAGUACAUAUGACAACGGUUCCUUAUGGUGGCAGUGGAUUCUUUGGUGGUGUCACUGGGUUUUUUGGCACAAGUGCCUACUGCCAAGUUGCCUCAUCGUACCCAUAAUCCAGAAAAAUCAAAGCAUAAUGCUGCACAGCUGAAUGUUGCAGAGAUUACUUAUUGAGACAAGUUGUAGCUGGACAGCUGGCAAGAAACUCCGUUAAAGGGGCAUUAAAUACAUUUGGUCAGUCAACAAGCCACUCUGCUACUAAGAGCUGAGUCAUUGCUGUUAAUCAUCCU